UGAUCAAGAUGCAUUUUAUUCUCCAUUAUCACCCGUUUUACUUAACAUCAUUGGUUUAUUAUCAGUUAGUGAACGUGAAUUUGAUGAUUUGAUAUCGUCAACAGGUGACAUGUUAUUUCAACAAUUCUAUAAAGAAAAUUUAUUUGAUAAAUCUCAGAAAAAAUUGAAAAUUGCAUCAUUACUCUACGAUCUUUUGUUUAUUCGUAAAUCAAGAAAUUUUUUAACACCAAAACAUUUGUAUUUAUCUGAUGCCAUUAUGAAAUCAACAGAUUGUGCUUAUUUAUUAAGAAUUGAGAAUUUACUUGGACAUACAAUUAGUUUUCGUACAUAUCAAAAAUUAACAAAACAAGAUAAAAUAAAAUCAACGACAAUGUUCGAUGAUAGUGAUAGUGAUGAUCAAGACGAAGAGAAAAGUGAUGAAACAGAUAACAUUGUUAGCGAAAUAGUUCAAGGAUUAAAUGACAAUACAAGUCAACGGUUAGAACACCGAGAAUCAACAACAUCGAUGCCAAAACGUUGCGAACGUAAAGCAAAAUCAAAAUCUCGAGAAAAUCUAAAAAGACUGUUGUCAUCAAUUGCAUCAGAGGAGGAGGAAGAAAAAAAAACAAGAACAUCAAAGACAAAAAAAUUAAAAUCAUCAGCACUGGUAAAUGUUGAGAACGAUCAACAAGACACAGUAAUGUACGAUUUAGAAAAAGAAUCAAUGAUUAUAGUCAAAGACGACGAUAACAACGAGUAUCAACUACAAAACGAGGAUUUAUCACUAUCUUUAAGCCAAUUACCUAGCAUAAAUGCUGAAACCACUUCGUUGAACCGUCGUCCAAUACUUGAAGCUCGUUUAUUAAAAACUCGUCAAUUACAACCGGAGAAAAAAACAAUUGCACCGUUAAGUACAGCUUAUUUGAAUCAAUUAUGGACAUAUUACAAAACGGAUGAAGACAAUAUUGAUUUCAAUGAUUUAAUCUCACAUGAAUAUGAAACUCCUCCACCAUCACUACAAAUUCAAGACACAUCGACAUAUCGGGCACUUCAAACACAAUUUCGAUUAACAUCUGUAUAUUUUCAACAAAUUGAUCAAAAUUCAAAACUUCCAGAUCGUCCUUUUUCAUUUCACCAGUGUCUUCAGCAAGAUUCUAAUUCUAAUUUCAAGUUAUUAAAUUCACGAUUUACCACAUCUUAUUCGUCACAUAAUCCGUAUUAUCUACAACCGUCUAAUAUUGUACCCGCAUCUUGUCUAAUUAUUGUUGAUAUGAGGACAAUUUUAUUAAAACAUCGUCCAAAAUCGUUUAUGCAACUUACGUCACCGUCCUAUUAUCAACAACUUUAUCGACAAAGAAUUUUACCAUAUUUUAAUAAUGGAUACAGACAAAUACGUUUGAUAUUUGAUCCCUUUCCAUUCGAUAAAAUAAAACAUGUAACUCCACAAUCACAAAUAGUUGAACCAAAGAACUUACCAGAGUAUCCAUACGCUCAUUUUCAAAAUGUUUCAAUAAACGAUUGGUAUUUAUAUUUAAAAUCUAUAUAUGGUACACGUCAUAUGUUUUUAUGUCGAGAUUAUUUAAUAUCACAUUUUAAAGAAAUAUUUAUCUAUGUUGAUGAUCUAACAUUAACAUUAUCUCUCAUUUUGGAUGGACCAGAUGAAAAAAUAUUUCGUCUCGAUAAACAUAUUUGUUUACAAGUUGAAGAAGGACAAGUGAAAUUUGAUACAAGAUUAUCCGAUUUAAAAUUAAUUCAACAUUCACAAAUUCGAUUUCGUCAUGUACAAGAUGAUAAACAACAACAAAAUAUAUCGUCAUUUGAUUCUGAUACUAUUUCAACAUGUAUUAUUGAAUCGAACGAUUUAGAUGUUUUAUUAUUUUCUAUUAUUCAUAGUUCUCAACUCUAUAACGAAUUUCAUCGUCAUUUAUAUUUAAAAUUUGAUAAUUUUAUAAUUAAUGAAGAUAAAAAAAGUCAAAAACAAAUAACAUAUGAAUUAGAUUGCCUUAAUUUUAAUUUAUUAUUAUGUCAUCAAUAUAAAUUAAAAAAUUUAAAAAUUCUUCUUCUUUUACAUGCAUUCAAUGGUGGUGGACAAGAGAUGCAAUCAAUAUUUAAACAAUACUCACGAGAAAAAAUAUUUGAUCUAUAUUUCACAUCAUCAAAUAUAUUUGAUGAUUGUUUUACAUCAGAUAUGUGUCCAUAUUUACAAAUUGUUCCCGAACGUACUUUAGAAUUGUUUUUAUUGAAAUUAUACGAUUGUUCAACAAAUAAAUCUGAAACAUUGAAUUUAUCACGUCAAACAUUUGCACAACAUUCAUUGAAAUUUCAACCACAUACUCCAGUAUUACAACAUAUGCCACCAACAAAUGAUACAUUUAAACAAAUAUGUUUAAGAACACAAUAUUUAAUUAAUAUAUGGAAUCGAGUAUUUCUUCGUAAACAAAUGUAUGGUAUAAAAUUAGAUCCAAAAGAUUAUGGCUAUUUGAAAUGUGAUGAUAAUAAUUAUAAAUUGAAAUGGAGUAAUAAAACAGUCUAUCCAAAUAUUGAACAUUUUCCAUCACAAAUGAAUUGUCAAAAUUGUCAACAAUUAAAAUGUUUACAAUGUACAAUUCAUAAACAUCAAAAAUAA